CUCCGCACGCCGGCCGCGGCAAGAUGGCGUUGGUGGCCGAGAUGAGAGGAGCGGGUUCAGCGGCGGGAUAUGAGUAAGCGUCUGACGACCUCGGUGAGCGGAGGCGCCCUGUGACACCAUGAAGGUCUUCUGCGGGCGCGCCAACCCGACCACGGGCUCUGUGGAGUGGCUGGAGGAGGACGAGCAUUACGACUACCACCAGGAGAUCGCCAGGUCAUCGUAUGCCGAUAUGCUGCACGACAAGGACAGAAAUAUAAAAUAUUACCAGGGUAUCCGGGCUGCUGUGGGCAGGGUGAAGGAGAAGGGACAGAAGGCCAUCGUUCUUGACAUUGGCACCGGCACAGGACUCUUGUCGAUGAUGGCUGUCACGGCUGGCGCUGACUUCUGCUACGCCAUUGAGGUUUUCAAGCCUAUGGCUGAUGCUGCUGUGAAGAUAGUGGUGAGAAAUGGCUUUCGUGAUAAGAUUCAGAUUAUCAACAAGCACUCUACUGAGGUCACGGUGGGGCCAGAGGGGGACAUGCCGUGCCGCGCCAACAUCCUGGUCACAGAGCUGUUCGACACGGAGCUGAUCGGGGAAGGGGCCUUGCCCUCCUAUGAGCACGCACACAGGCACCUCGUGCAGAGCAGGUGUCCUCAAACUACGGCCCGCCGGUCCUUCCGCAGCGUGGACUUCAGCCGGCCAGUCAGCAGCUCGGCAGCCUGUCAUAGCCAGCAGUUUCACCCCCUGCUGUCCGGCCGUGCCCAGGUGGUCCUCUCCUGGUGGGACAUUGAGAUGGACCCCGAGGGGCAGAUCAAGUGUACCAUGGCCCCCUUCUGGGCACAUUCGGAUCCAGAGGGGCUCCAGUGGCGGGACCACUGGAUGCAGUGUGUGUACUUCCUGGCACGAGAGGAGCCUGUGGUGCAGGGUUCACCCCUCUGCCUGGUGGCCCACCAUGACGACUACUGUGUGUGGUUCAGCCUGCAGAGGCCCAGCCCCGAAAAGGAAGGGGCCAGCUUCCACCAGGUGCGCCCCAUCUGUGACUGCCAGGCUCACCUGCUCUGGACCCGGCCUCGGUUUGGGGAGCUCAACGAUCAAGAUAGGACGGAUCAGUACGUCCAGGCCCUGCGGACGGUGCUGAAGCCAGACAGCAUCUGUGUCUGUGUCGGCGACGGCAGCCUGCUCCCUGUGCUGGCCCGGCACCUGGGGGCAGAGCAGGUGUUCACCAUAGAAAGUUCAGCAGCGUCUCACCGGCUGAUGAGGAAGAUCUUCGAGGCUAACCAUCUGGAAGAGAAGAUCAACAUCAUAGAAAAGCGGCCUGAAUGGCUGACGUCUGCAGACCUCGGGGGGAGGAAGGUCUCCCUCCUGCUGGGUGAGCCCUUUUUCACCACCAGCCUGCUGCCCUGGCACAACCUCUACUUCUGGUACGUCCGGACCGCCGUGGACCAGCACCUGGCCCCGGGCGCAGUGGUGAUGCCCCAGGGUGCCUCCCUGCACGCCAUGGUCGUGGAGUUCAGGGACCUCUGGCGGAUCCGGAGCCCUUGUGGGGACUGUGAAGGCUUCGAUGUACACAUCAUGGAUGACAUGAUCAAGCGUGCCUUGGACUUCAGGGAGAGCCGGGAGGCCGAGCCCCACCCCCUAUGGGAGUACCCCUGCAGAGGCCUCUCAGAGCCCCAGUGCAUCCUGACCUUUGACUUUCAGCAGCAGGUGCCCCAGCAGCCUGUCCGGGCUGUGGGCUCCCUCGAGCUGAGGAGGCCUGGCAGGAGCCACGGGGCAGUGCUGUGGAUGGACUACCACCUCACCCCAGACAGCACGGUCAGCACUGGCCUCCUGAGGCCCACAGGAGACGAGGGGCACUGUUGCUGGAACCCCCAUUGCAAGCAGGCCGUGUACUUCUUCAGUCCCAUCCUGGACCCCCAAGGACCGCUGGGUGGCCCACAGACCAUCACCUACGCUGUGGAGUUCCUGCCCCACAAUGGAGAUAUCACCAUGGAUUUCAGACUCUCGGAUGACCCUGGUGGUGUGCCCUCACCCGCAGUUGUUGGGAAUAAAGUGGCUGAGGGUCCUUGAGCCUUGGCUGGCAUGUUUCUUUCUGCGAGACAGGCUGCUCCUGCCUCCAGGUGCAUGUGCUCAAGGGCUGGGAGUUCACCGUGGGGGGAGGGGGCGGCAGAGCCCUAGCUUCUGGGUCAGGGGUGCUCUGAAAGCCUGGCAGGCAGCGCUGCCACUCCUGAAGGGCUGAUGUCAGGGGUGGGGUGGGGAGGAGGGGUGUUAGGUCGCCGUCCCUUUGGGCAGUGCCGGAGGCAAGUGUGGUGUGGACUGAGGAAUGUUUUCCAGGUCCUUGCCUUCCUGACUGCAGCUGGAGGGUGGGCCAGGUGGGGCAGACAUGGCCGAGGCCAGAGGAGCCUGAAGAAUUCGAGUGAAGGUACAGGUGUCUGUGCCUCCCAUUUCCAGCCGACUUCUCCAAACCUGUCCUGGGCACCGGGUGGGUGCUGAGAAGGCUGCUGCUCAGAGGGAAGUUGGGUGCUUUUCCUGAGAGCAGCCAAGGGAGCCGACCACUGGAAGUAAGUCCUCCUUCCCCUCACUGCCUCUGUGGCUCAUAGAAGGACCCAAGGCCUACUGGGGGGCAGCCCAGUGCCAGCCCGCCUCCGAGGAAGACCAGAGGGUCCAAGGUCACAGCUCUGAUCCUCACCUCGAAGCUUUGGCUGGCUGCCCCACGGUUCCCCCAAAUGACCCAGGCUCUCAGCAUGUUGGGGGCCCACUCGGGCUACCAGCUUCCUGAUGCAGGCGGGCACCACAGCCCCCCCCACUCCAUGCCACCCAGCCCCAGCUUAUCACAAAUGGCGGAGACGGCAGCUUCAAGCCUCACAGUUUUAUUUUCUCCUUGUAUCCAUCCAUCCUUUCAGCACCAAUAAAGGAAAAACACUCCUCCUUUCAAAAGAUUA